UUUUAAUAUUUGAGGGGUAUCACACGUGUUUACAUUUAUUUUUGUACAUUUACGCAUUUAAAAUAAUUGAAUUUAGCUUAAAAUGGGCCGUACGAACCGAUCUCGCAAACGCCGUGAUGAAAUGAACAAAAUAAAAAAGGCUCGUUAUGAGGCCAAAGAGUUAAUACGCUUAAAGAAAACCCUUGGUCUUAUUGAUGCGGAUGGAAAUGAAGUCAUGAAAGAUGUAUCGGAUGUUGUUACAGUGAAAACAGCUAAAGAGUUGAAACAAGACAAAAAAUCACGGGAAGAACAAGAACUAGAGCAUGAAGCGGAGGAACGUAGGGAACCUGGCAAGAACUUUACAGAAGUAAAUGAGAAGACUGGAAAGGUUCAUGUUUACAAUAGUAAAACCAUGAAAGAUCAACAUGGUUCUUAUCCUCCAUGGUACAAACCAAAGAAAACCGCUAAACGUAUCCGAAAGAAGGCACAUGCAAUGAAGAAGCGAUUCAGGCAGACGUGGACCACAGCAAAUGUGCCGCUAUAAAAUUUUAUGAGUCUUUAGGAUUAAGGUUUUUUAAUACCAAUACUUUUAUGUAUUUGUACAUAAUAAAUUAAGAAUAAAAAUAUAUGAAUUAAAUUAAAACAAAA